AUGUCGACUUACGAACCCUCAAAUUAUUUCUCUGAGAGAUAUCUCUCGGGGUCCGCCGACGCUGAUCGCUGUGAACUCCCCAAGCAGGAAGGAAAGCGCAGGCUACUCCUGAUUUACAUCCAUGGCUUCUUGGGGUCAGAGGACAGCUUUUAUCAGUUUCCUAGGAAGGUCCAUGACCUGCUGACUGUCUCGCUGGCACAGACCCAUGUUGUGUACUCAAAAAUAUAUCCACGCUACAAGACCAGGGGACCUUUACAGGACGCUCGCGAUGGUAUCAGCCAGUGGUUAUCUCCGCACGAGGCAUCCGACUUGGAUGUCAUACUGCUUGGCCACAGUCUAGGGGGCCUUAUCGCUGCAGAGGUUGCCCUUGUGACAUCUCACACUGCCUCUAGUCAGAUUGAAGGCAUGAACCUGAGGCAUAACAUUGCUGGCCUGGUAGCAUUCGAUGCACCAUUCCUUGGACUUCAUCCACGCGUUGUUGGAACAGGAAUUGGCCGGUUAUUUCAUCGCAAAGCGGAUACAAACAAUGAAGGCAAAGAUCAGGAAGAUGCCAUACGCAACAUCGUCGCGAAUCCGGACGCAACAUUCAACCCGGUCUUGACAAACGACGUGAACAAGCCGCGGUGGAAAGGUUGGGAUGGAGCGCGCCAUUUCUUGGAGAAGAAUUCAUGUCAUUUAUCCCGUUCGGCGCUACAGUACGUGUUCUCAUACUAUGACCAUGCCGGAUGCCUGAACGAUUAUUUCGGUCUCUUAAGACGACACAAGAGACUCUGUCGUUUGGCCAAGGUUGACGGAUUAACUGGUUCGAGUUCGAGUGGCGGGCGGUUCCGGUUCGUCAACUAUUACACGACUGCCUACCCUGUGAAGAAAAAGCUGGAGAGUGACAUCGACAGAGAAAAGAGGCAUUGGAAUGAGAAACGGCGUGCCUGUUGCGAGACGACGGAACUACAUGAGAAUCUUGUAGGGAGUCGGCAUUCUACAUCGAUGAUACCUGGACAGCGAAAGAAGGGAACGGACGGCAACUCAGUUCACUCGGCGGUAGAUCCAGUGCCCUCUCCCACAGAGAUGGACGGUAUUUCUCCUCCAGCAAGCUCGCGCGAUUCAGAUCAACCUGGUAGCAGACGCGGUGGUUCAUGCUCUGGUUCGAGAUCAGGGGGCCGACACUUCUGUCUGGUUUCGAAUGAAGCCUGCAAAAAGCAGCUCUGGGUUCCGCUCUCCAUGGAAGGGAUGGAUGAGAUCACUGCCCAUCAGUCCAUGUUCCUCCCUCUUGGAAUAUACUACGAGCAGCUAGCUGCGGAUGUGGUGGCACGAUUGCAAAACUGGCUAGUGUGA